AUGAAGGUGAAAUGGACCCAGCUGGGUUUGGUGUUCUUCCUGGUUUUGUCACUGGUGAUGACAGGAUGCUUCUUCUGGCAAUAUCAGCUGCCAAAAGUGCUGCCAGGUAAGACCAGCUCUGUUGAUGACGCGAUGGGUCGCAACGCCAAUUCGGAGAUGAUGUGUCCCCGCUUCCCUGAGCCUCUCCCACUGGAGCAUCCUAUUCCGAGUUUGAAAGAGGCACUAGAAAAGGUGGACAUUUUGCUUCGGCAGAGCGUUGAUGCCGUCAGCCUUCCUGCUCUGUCGGCCAUCGUGAUCUUAAAUGACACUGUUCUGUGGACUGGAAACUUUGGAAAGAGGAAUGGCAGCGACCCUUUCUCAGGACCGCCGAACGAGUACACAAUCUACAGAAUUGCCAGUCUGUCCAAAAUUUUCCCGACGCUGAUGCUGUACAAACUGUGGGAGGAUGGCAAGAUUGGCUCCCUGGAUGAUCCUCUGGAGAAAUACGUGGAGAACUUCACCAUUAAAAACCCUCUAGGGAAGACUCGAGACUCAGAGCUGAAAUAUGUUACAGAUGGCCUGAUAUUUCUGGACAGCGGCGAGGUUCAGAUCCGCUCCUCCUCCGUCACCCUGCGCCGGAUGGCCAGCCAGCUCUCAGGCCUGCCCAGGAGACUGCGGGCCACAAAUCUGCUUUGGAAAGGGAAAACACAAUCUGCAAUCAAUCUGCUACAAGACGACGUCCUUGUUGCAGAUCCAGGCACCAAAUGUCACUACAGUAAUCUUGCCUUCUCUUUGCUCGCUCAUGUGAUGGCGGAGCGAGUUGCUGGAGUCGAAUACCAGAGAUGGGUCACAGACAACAUACUGGACCGGUUGGGGAUGGAAGACACCGGCUUUGACCUCAGCCCAGGGCUGCAGACCCAGAUGGCUGUGGGAGUGUACUCCAAUGGAAAGCCAGCACCACUCUAUGACCUGGGCUGGUACCGGCCUUCUGGUCAGAUGUUCUCCACUGCUGCAGACUUGGCCAAGCUCGCCAUGAUGCUGCUGGGUGCUUAUCACCGCAAGCUGCUGGAGCCAGACUCCUUAAAGAUCAUGCUGACGCCGCUCUUCAGGUGCGAUAAGGAUUACUUUGCCAACCGUACUGGGACACCAUGGGAGGUGAAUGAGCUAUUGGGCUACGAGGUGGUGCGUAAAGAUGGUGAUCUGGAUGGCUACUCUGCCACUUUUUCCCUGGUGCCCAGACUGAAGCUUGGCCUGGUGGUGCUCAUGGCAGGCAGCCGGUCUCAAAACCAGGAUGUGGUAACGAAAGCCUACAACUACAUUGUCCCAGCCAUAGAGAAAGCCUUCAGGGGCGCAAAGAAGGUUCUAUGUGCUCCCCCAAACCCAGAUCCUUACAUCGGCUUUUUCACAUACAGCAACAUCACCUUCUAUGAGAUAAAAGUGGGGCCAGAUGGAGUUCUGAUCAUGCAGCAGUUUGGCCCUCAGAUUGAGGAGCUAAUCCCAGAGAAGUACAGGACAAUAAAGCUCAACUUCCUGGUUGAGCGAGUGUUCAGAGUGGUGUUCGAAAAAGAGUACCCGUGUGUUUUGCGAGUCGGCACGGCCUCUGUAUCACUGGAAGCCCAAGAUGGCCAAUUGUUUAACUUCUACAUGUUCAAUAAGCAGGGGUUGUCCCCUGGUUUUGACGCACCAGGCCUGAACACGUAUAAUGUGGUCAGAAUAGCCCGCAAGCCAUCCUUCUCCAGCUGA